AUGGAAAGCAAACUAUAAAAUUUUGAGAUUCUGAACAAAUUAGGUAUCACUGAACUUACUAAACUGUUUUAGGUUCUGGAGCUUAUUCUUCUGUUUACAAAGUGUAGAGAAAGUCUGAUGGAAAUAUUUAUGCUUUAAAGAAAGUAAAUGGAUGUUAUCAAAUAUAAUAAAGGUUAAAUUAGUAGAUAUCGGGGAUAGAGAGAAAUAGAAUGCUCUUAAUGAGGUCCGGUUUAUUGCAUCUAUUCAUCAUGAGAAUGUUGUUUCUUAUAAGGAAUGUUUUAUUGAGGACAAUAAUUUAUGGUAUGAUUAAUCGUUGUAAUCUAAGUAUUAUCAUGGAGUACGCAGAAGGAGGAGAUUUGUUGUAAAAGAUUUAGAGGUUUGUAAAAAAAUAGUAAAUGAUUCCUGAAUAAGAAAUAUGGCAAGUUGCAAUUUAAGUUUUAUAGGGAUUAAGAGCACUACAUCAUAAAAAAAUACUGCACCGAGAUUUGAAAUGUGCAAAUAUAUUCCUAUAUGAAAAUGACUAGGUCAAGCUUGGGGACUUCAAUGUUUCCAAACUAGCCAAAAAUGGUUUAGUUUACACUCAAACUGGCACCCCCUAUUACGCAAGCCCAGAGGUUUGGUAAGACAAACCAUAUGAUCACAAGGCUGAUAUUUGGUCCUUGGGGUGUGUGAUUUACGAGGCCUGCGCUCUGAAACCGUACAUAUGAUCCUACUAUUAGAUUAGACCAUUCAGAGCCAAAGAUAUGGAUGGACUGUAUAAAUCUGUUCUAAGAGGCUAAUACUAACCCAUCCCAGUGAUCUACUCCCAAGAGUUGGUCCAGUUAAUUAAAACUAUGAUGCAAGUGCAUCCUCAAAAUAGACCGGAUUGUGGUACAGAUUUAAGACUUAAACCUUAGAUAAGUUACUCCAAUAUUAGUAUGUGUAGAAGAAGGCCAAACAAUAUGGGAUACCCUUGAUCUCAGAGGACAUCGAGGACGAUUUACUAAAGACAAUCAAGUGGCCAAUCACCAGGAAGGGAUUGUAAGCCAACAAGUCAGAACUCAUCAAUCUAAAUUUCCAAUUGCCUGGGAGCAACUACUUGAAUCAACAUAAUUCAAAUCAUUUAAGGAGAAAUCAACAAUCCAAUAGAAUCAAGUCUUAAGAUACUAAUGAUUCGAUCUCUCUAAAUCAACCUAACGAAGCUUUGCAUCAAUUAAUGAAGCAAAUCACUUAACUUGAAUAGAAGGAUAUUGAGAAGAGUCCUAAUAUCAAAUAGAACCUAAACAAAUCUACUUCAAAAUAGACCAUUUAAGAUAAUAUCUUGCCUCCAGAUAGAAGAUUGAGAGUGUCAAAUUCUACUCACGAAAAACAUGAGAAGUAUGAAUCAGUCUAACCGUAAUAAUUGUUUUAUUAUUAAAAGUAAAUGCAUCUCGAAGGAUCGAAUAGAACAUCAAAUUCAAAUAAAUUCUAAUUAUUAUGCUAAGGAUGUUAUCUAAUCCCUCAAUAAAUAACACUAUUCAUAGAAGUUACCCAUCAUCUCUGGAACUUAAAGAUAGGAUGAUGAAUAGUAUAUCCUAAGAAAGAAUUCCUCCAAUGAAAGAAAUCCAAGUAACCAUAUCAAGAGAUCGAAACAUGAAUCAUUGAAGAAGGAUCUCUCUAUGCAACCUAGCGCAGAAAGACCUACUGUGUUAAUGAAGAUAAUUGAAGAACAUCAAUAACUACCUAAAAUAAAAAAAAAGUAGUGA